AAAGAAAAAAUCAAAGAAAGUUCCUUGUGAUAUUCCUCGCGACUUAGAGGCACUUGGAUAUAAAAUUGAUGAAAAAAAUCAACUUGUAUCUAUAGAGGACGGCGAAAUUUAUAAAUUUGAGGUAAAAGACAGGGCUUAUAAUGAACGUUUGUACGAUAUUAUAAUGGAACUUUUGGCCUCUUGGGUCGAAGAAAAGCUUCAAAAAGAUCUUGGUUUUAUAAAAAAGAUAUUACCUCUUGGCGCUACAGAAAAUGAUAUACAUACCAAAAUUUUUCUAACUCCAGAUUAUGAAACCAAUGAUAAGAUGAUUAUAUUCAUUCCUGGAACUGCUCAUUCAGUCGGUAUCUGGUCGCGAAGAGCUCUCAUAGAUAUUUCUGUUAUAGAUGGUUCAAUGAUCAAUUAUGCAAAACGUGCCUUAGACUUGGGGUUUUCUAUCGUAAUGUUGAAUCCCAAUGAAGUAUUUUGGUAUAAGGGAAAAGGUGUGCUUAUUCUGCCAAAAACUACUGCACCGUUUGACACGAUUCCAGGUAGUGAAUCCCCGGAAGCUCACACUAGCUAUGUAUUCGAGAAUAUCCUUAUGAAUAUUAAAUCACCUAUUCCACAUAGACCAUCUGCGGCACAAAAAAUCUUCAUCGUUGCCAACAGUUAUGGAGGUCAUUGUGCCAUUGAUGUUAUGCAAAACCACUUUAAUGAGUUAUCUGAGAGGGUAAAAGCUAUAGAGUUUACCGUGUCAGCUCAUUCUAUUGACUUUGUAAAGACUGAUCGUAUGAAAGUUUGGAUACGUGAGCACUGUCGUAAUUGGCUCAUGUCAGAUCUGCCGAUAGGAGAAGAAAUAAUUGAUACAAGAUUUGGAUGUCACUCUUUUUCAUCAGGAUCCGAACUUAUCGAAUAUAUAACGUAUGCGGUGAUUGAUUUGGUUUUUAAAUUUAUUGAAAAUAAAUUGAUUAACCCUGAAAAUUUUCAAGACGACACAUGCGACACAGAUGAUGAUCUCCUUAUUAGUGAAAGCCAACACAUAUUUGAUACACUUGUCAGCAAUGUACAAGAUAUUAAAUAUGAUUUUGAUGAUAACGAAAAUUGUCGUAUUGUGAAGGAGACAGAUGGAUCUGCAUGGCUUAGUGAUUAG